AUGGUUCUCACUUUCCGUGCAAGCAAGCAGCAAUUCUACUAUCGCUGUCGUACUCCUUCGUCGCCUCGUCUACAUCACGACCGGCAAGAAAGCAUAACUAAGGGUUCCAUGUUCUACAGGAAGAAGGCCGAUAUUAACAGGGUGUAUGUUGCUUUGUUAGAAUACUUCAAAAAAGCGUCCAUUAUCAGUAUUGUUAACAGUGUUCGUAUCAGUCGUCCUACUGUUGCACAAAUUGCAGUUGACGCUCAAAUGCUUAUGCAUUCAGACUUUGUUCGGUACUUCGGUGACUACAGAUUGGGCAAUAAUGAGCGCUGUGACCAUAUUCAAAUUGACGAGUCAAAAUUUGGCAAGCGUAAGUAUAAUCAUGGCUCUCGUAGAGAAGGUGUCUGGGUCUUUGGUAUGGUUGAAGCGCUCCGUACAGGUAUCACUUACACGUAUACUGAUCCAUCAACUGGCAUAAGUCAGGCAAGGGAGAAAUAUACUGCUGGUCGUCGCAUGCUUUGCGCCGUCCCCAAUAGGAUCUCUGCUACGCUUCUUCCUAUACUCUACCGUUUUUGUAAGAGAGGAUCUGUUAUUCGUAGCGAUGGUUGGAGAGCUUAUGCUGCACUUCAUCCAAACGAUGUCCGGCUUCAAAAUAACGUCUUCGCUUCCGCAGAUUAUAGUCCUGAUCAGUUCUUCUUCAGCCGUCAUGAGGUGGUCAAUCAUUCUGUUGGUUUUGCUACUAGAGAUCAGGUGCGUGGAAAUCAUACCGAAGGGUUCAUCAACACUAACAUUAUCGAAGGCUUAUGGCGUGAAGUAAAGGCAUUCGUCCAGCCUCGUCACCGCACUAUUGGUCAUUGUCCUUCACGUUUACUCGAGUAUCUUUGGCGUUACGAAAACCGUCUCACUGGCCUCACAAGAGGUUUGCAACGUUGCUUGAGGGAGGUCUCCUUUGACGCUAGGGUUACUGCAGGUAGCAGCGAAGCUUUUGAUUGGAUCACUCGGGCAGAGGACGGUAAUUCUCAAGCGUCUACUGAAAGCGUGGAUGGUGUUGCUCCACCAGCUGUACGUGAGCCAUUUCAGCUGCAACCUGGAUACGACUCUGAUGCGUCAUCAAGUGAAGAUGACACCGACGAUGAAGAUUGGUUACCACCUGCAAGCCGCACAGGACUUUCAGCUGGCUUAAUUUCUUCGGAUGAAUCGGCUGUCGUACCUGAAAACCAAGAGACCAGGGCAGCAUCAAGAGAGAAUAAUCGAGUAAGGCGAAUUGCCACUACUAUCCGUCGCUCAAGCAGGCUGCGUUAA